AUGAAGCAAGUAUUCGGUGCCGGUCAACAAGGCUCUCUCGCUGUCCCUAUCACAGCUGGUGUAGCUGCUCUAGGAGCAGGAGUAUUCUACAUGGGUAGAUCCAAGCCCGACACCACUCCUGAGCAAGAUCGCAGAAACCGCGCCGAGGCCAAAAAGGCGGAAGGCCUUAGCGGUGCAGGUAUUGGAGGAAAUGCCAUCACAGGCGGUCACGAGCUGAGCCACGCCCAGAACUCAAGAACCAAGGAGAAGACCACAGCGCCUCUCGAGAAGCUUCCCAGCGGCGGAGUAGGGGGUGGCGUUGGCGGCGGAGGUUCCAACGUCCGUACCUCGGUCGAGAUGACGGCCAAGGAGAGCAAUCCCUCCAAGUCAGGUAGCGGCUUCCUAAAUGAACUCUUUGAAACUGGUGGAUCCAAUACUGAUCAUGGUGGAAAUGAGCCUAAAGAUACCCUUGUCGCCAGAAACCUCGAUGGCACGCCUUCCAACAAGGACGCAACGCACCACAACAAAGAUCAAUAA